AUUUAGAAGUAAAAUCUUUAUAAUAGAUAGAAAACCAGUUACAAUUAUGGUGCAGCUAAUUAAGAAGAAAAAAAUUAUCACAAGAACGAAGAGUGACAAAAUUGCCAUUUAUUUGGAAUCAGUUUUUUUUAUAUUGUUGAAACGGUUAGGAUCGCUGUAUACCUCUGCGAACUUCCCAUCAGUGAAAUACUGCAGCAACGAGCUUUUCCCGACUGUACUGUCGCCGAUGAGUAUCAAACGAAACUGAUAGUCAAAAAUUGGUUCCACCAUCUUGAUAUUCGUUACGAUAAAACUUCCUUGCAUGCGACGCUCGCGUUGUCACUUAAAGAAUCAUGAUUUUGCUGUAUACACUUGUCAAGAGUGAGAAUCUUGCUGGCCGUGACAUUAAUCAUCAGCUUCCUACCUUUGCCCAAGACUGUACUCUACUUAUUGCGCACGACACUGCCCGAAUAAACACGCAGACAUCACGAAGAUUAUUGGAAUCAAGUGCAUCGUGAUUUCCAGAAGACUAGCUCCUGUCGAUCGUUUCAGCUUUCUCUGCUUUCUUUUCUUUUAAUACUUUUUAACCACUCGUCGAAUAUCACGCGAUAAUACAAUGAGUCCAAAGUGGAUGUAAUUUCAUACACUGAUCUUGAAUAGCUGUGACGACAGUUCCGUAUUAAUUUCACUUGUAAUUUUUGAUACGAACUAAUAUAUUUCUUUCAUUACAAACAUUACAUUACAAAAGUUUAAUGUGUUUUCAACCAGAGUAAUAAAGCUAUUUCAAAAAGAUCAGUUUAAGAUGAUUUAUCCUAUACUGUGAUUUUCAUUGCAUUCAUUUCUACUGAGUACAAGUCAUUAAAAAAACCCGCUUCACAUACUACGAUAACAUGAUGAAAGAUUAAUGACGAUGAUAUAAUUGACAAUUUAUACGUGCACCAACAUAGAAUGUGACUAGUGUCAUCCACGCUUCACACUGGAAACCACUUGAUCACUAAACCCACUUUAACCCAAUGAAGGUUAUGAAAUAAUUCUAUUUGCUUUGUUCGCUGGAAUUUAAAUUGAGCUUACCUAUCGUAUCACGUAUUCUAUAGUAAUUAAUCCUGCAUUGUAAUAAUUUAACUGUCCAGCUUUUUCUUUCAAGUGGAUGUCGAUAUAACCUAACCGAAUUUCUAGUUUUUCUGUAAUGGAGGAUUUCAAAGCAAUGUUUCUAUUAAAUUUUUAGAGGAUAGAGUAAUAAUUUGUGUUGAAAAAUUCACUCAACUAAGAUGAAUGAAAAGGAAUUGAUUGAUGAAAUUGCGGAGCUGCGUAAGUUAUUACGCGCAAAAGAAGCUCAACUGACCACCUUAAAGCGCGAGAAACAAAUCUUGCAGGACUACGGUUUAAGUAACGAUGAAAUAUCGAGAUACAGCAGACAAAUUUUUUUACCAGAAAUAGGCAUUGAAGGUCAAUUAAAAUUGAAAAAUAGUGCAGUAUUAAUUGUAGGAGCAGGUGGUCUUGGAUGUCCUGCUGCUUUAUAUUUGACAUCAGCUGGUAUUGGUCACAUUGGUAUAGUUGACUAUGAUGAUGUUGAGAUUAAUAAUCUUCAUAGACAGCUAUUAUAUACUGAGGCAAACAUAGGAACACCUAAAGUAAAUGCUGCUGCGGAACAUCUGAAUCGCAUGAAUAGUAACAUUAAAGUUACUCCACAUAAAGUCCAAUUAGAUAGUAAUAAUGCUAUGGAAAUAAUAGAAUGUUAUGACGUGGUAUUAGAUGCAACAGAUAAUGUUGCCACACGUUAUUUACUAAACGAUGCAUGUGUCUUGAGUAAAAAGCCCUUAGUUUCUGGAUCAGCAUUAAGAUUUGAAGGACAUUUAUCUGUAUUUAAUUAUAAUGGCCCUUGCUACAGAUGCAUAUUUCCUAAGCCUUCUCCUCCAGAAACUGUAACAAAUUGUGGAGAUGGCGGUGUCUUUGGUCCAGCUGUUGGUACAAUUGGUGUUCUUCAAGCUUUAGAGGCACUUAAAAUUGUACUUAAAAUGCCGUGCGUUUUAUCUGGUCAAUUACUUUUAUUUGAUGGUUUAGAAAUGAAGUUCCGCAAUAUUAAUUUACGACCUAAAAAUGCAAAUUGUGCUGUAUGCGGGAACUUUCCAACAAUUCAAAUCUUAAUUGAUUACGAACAGUUUUGUGGUGCAAAAGCAAACGACAAGGAUCCAAAUUUGAAUAUAUUGCAAAAGGAAGAAAGAAUUAGUGUGGAAGAAUAUAAUACUGCAUUGAAAUUAGGUAAAAAACCUCACAUGUUAAUUGAUGUGCGCUCACCUGAGGAAUUUGAAAUUUGUCAUUUGAAGAAUUCUGUAAAUGUACCACUGAAUAAAAUUAAUAGCAAUGAAAAAAUAAUGUUCAUAAAAAAUAAAGUAGAAGAAAUAAAAGAAGAGCAUGAUGAAAUUGGAUUAUACGUUAUGUGCAGAAGAGGUAACGAUUCACAAAAAGCUGUGAAGCAUCUGCAAAAAAUAUUUAAUGAAACUAAUUUGGAAAUAAAAGACAUUAUUGGAGGAAUUCAUGCUUGGAGCAAAAAAAUUGAUCAGACAUUUCCUGUAUAUUGAUUAUGUGAAAUUAAAAAUAUAUUCAACGUGUUU